AUGAGCUUAGCUCCUUCUCCAUCUGCUACAAUGAAACCUCCAAGAGGAAAGCUACCGCUUUCCGUCGUUGCCAUAGUGCUAUGCAGUUUCGCGUUCAUUGCUCUCUUGUAUACAGACACUUCCCUUUCGUUUUUCAAGCUAAAAUCAUGCCCUAGGCGAAAUGCUGCUAAAAAGUCAAAAGACGGAAUUGCAGAGGAUAAUCUUAAAAGCUUUGAAAUGGAUGAUAGAUUCGAGUUCGACCCGGAAGAGUGCACUGUCAAUACUGGAAAGUGGGUGUAUAACAAGACGCUCAAGCCUUUGUAUACUGACAGAAGCUGUCCAUAUUUAGAUAGGCAAGUUUCUUGUGUCAAAAAUGGACGACGAGACUCCGAUUAUCGUCGUUGGGAAUGGCAGCCAGAUGACUGUACCAUGCCAAGAUUUAAUCCAGAGCUUGCGCUAAAGAAACUUCGAGGGAAGAGGCUGUUGUUCGUAGGGGAUUCAUUACAAAGGGGGCAGUGGCAAUCAUUUGUAUGUCUGGUGGAAUGGAUUAUACCAGAAGACAAAAAGAGCAUGAAAAGGGGUCGCUCUCAUUCAGUCUUCAGAGCCAAGGAAUAUGAUGCUACCAUUGAGUUCUACUGGGCUCCUUUCCUUAUCGAAUCCAAUACUGAUCUCAACAUCAUAGCAGAUCCAAAGAAGAGAAUAAUGAAAGUAGAUUCCAUUGAAAAGCAUGCCAAAAACUGGGGAGGAGUGGAUUUUCUCGUAUUCAACACCUAUGUUUGGUGGAUGAGUGGUCUUAGGCUCAAGACAUUAUGGGGUUCAUUUGCAAAUGGGCAAGAAGGGUUUCUAGAACUGGAUACUCCAGUUGCUUAUAAAGUAGGCUUGAAAACCUGGGCAAACUGGGUAGACUCAAAUGUUAAUCCCAACAAAACUCGUGUCUUUUUUACAACUAUGUCUCCGACUCACACAAGAAGCGAAGAUUGGAAUAACACAAAUGGGAUAAAAUGCUUUAACGAAACUAAGCCAGUAAUGAAGAAGAGACAUUGGGGAAGCGGCUCAGAUAAAAACAUGAUGAGCGCAGUAGCUAGCAUAGUGAAGAACAUGAAAGUUCCUGUAACAGUCCUCAACGUUACACAACUAUCCGAGUAUCGGAUCGAUGCACACACAUCAGUAUACACAGAGACCGGAGGGAAAGUGUUAACAGAUGAACAAAAGGCUGACCCACUGCACCAUGCAGAUUGCAUACAUUGGUGCUUGCCAGGAGUUCCAGAUACUUGGAAUCAAAUAUUUCUUGCAUAUUUGUAGCCUUAAUUAAAAUAAAAUGAAAGAAAACAAAUUCAUGUUUUUCAUCAAUUAACUGUAAAAAUAGCACGAAUUUUAAAAAAGUUCGCAUUAUAGA